AUGGGCCGCCCCGAAUGGGGCGCGCUCCGGCCGCUGGCGCUGCUGCUGCUGCUGCUGCUGCUGCGACUCCAGCAUCUCGCGGCGGCGGCGGCGGAUCCGCGGCUCGGUAGCCAAGGGCUGGCCAAGGAAUGCGAGGAGGACCAGUUCCGGUGCCAGAACGAGCGCUGCAUCCCCUCUGUGUGGAGAUGCGACGAGGACGAUGACUGCUCGGACAACAGCGACGAGGACGACUGCCCCAAGAAGACGUGUAUGGACACCGACUUCACCUGCGACAACGGCCACUGCAUCCCCGAGCGGUGGAAGUGUGACGGCGAGGAGGAGUGUUCCGACGGCUCCGAUGAGUUCCAGGCCACUUGCCCCAAGCAGGUGUGUCCUGAAGAGAAGCUGAGCUGCGGACCCACCAGCCACAAGUGUGUGCCCGCCUCGUGGCGCUGCGACGGGGAGAAGGACUGCGAGAGCGGAGCGGACGAGGCUGGCUGUGCCACCUUGUGCGCCCCGCACGAGUUCCAGUGCGGCAACCGCUCGUGCCUGGCCGCCGUGUUCGUGUGCGACGGCGACGACGACUGCGGCGACGGCAGCGACGAGCGCGGCUGCGCCGACCCGGCCUGCGGGCCCCGCGAGUUCCGCUGCGCCGACGGCAGCGCCUGCGUCCCCGAGCGCUGGGUCUGCGACCGCCAGUUCGACUGCCGGGACCUCUCGGACGAGGCGGCCGAGCUCUGCGGCCGCGCGCGCCCGGGGAACGCGACCGCGCCCGCCGCCUGCGCCGCCGCCCACUUCGCCUGCCGCAGCGGCGAGUGCGUGCACCUGGGCUGGCGCUGCGACGGCGACCGCGACUGCAAGGACCAGUCCGACGAGGCCGACUGCCCCCUGGGGACCUGCCGUGGAGACGAGUUCCAGUGUGGGGAUGGAGCCUGUGUCCCUGCAGUCAAGCGCUGCAACCAGGAGCAGGACUGUCCGGAUGGGAGCGAUGAAGCUGGCUGCCUAAAGGAGUCCACAUGUGAGGGUCCCCGCAGAUUUCAGUGUAAGAGUGGCGAGUGCGUGGACGGCGGGAAAGUGUGUGAUUCUCAGAGGGACUGCCGGGACUGGUCGGAUGAGCCUCUGAAAGAGUGUGCUCUGCCAGCAUCUCAGGGAAACAGGAGGAGGCCCAGGGGGCUGAAUGAGUGUCUGCACAACAACGGCGGCUGCUCCCACAUCUGCAAUGACCUCAAGAUCGGCUUUGAGUGCACCUGUCCAGCAGGCUACCGGCUCCUGGACCAGAAGACCUGCGGCGACAUAGAUGAGUGCGAGGACCCAGACGCCUGCAGCCAGAUCUGUGUCAAUUACAAGGGCUACUUUAAGUGCGAGUGCCACCCUGGCUACGAGAUGGACACGCUGACCAAGAACUGCAAGGCUGUCGCUGGCAGGAGCCCGUCCCUGAUCUUCACCAACCGGCACGAGGUGCGGAGGAUAGACCUGGUGAAGCGGGACUACUCACGCCUCAUCCCCAUGCUCAAGAACGUCGUGGCGCUAGACGUCGAAGUGGCCACCAAUCGUAUCUACUGGUGUGACCUCUCUUACCGCAAGAUCUACAGCGCGUACGUGGACAAGGCCAGCGACCCGGCGGAGCAGGAGGUCCUCAUCGACGAGCAGCUGCACUCUCCAGAGGGCCUGGCGGUGGACUGGGUCCACAAGCACAUCUACUGGACCGACUCGGGCAACAAGACCAUCUCGGUGGCCACAGUCGAUGGCCGCCGCCGCCGCACUCUUUUCAGCCACGACCUCAGUGAGCCCCGGGCCAUCGCCGUCGACCCCCUGCGAGGGUUCAUGUAUUGGUCUGACUGGGGCUACCAGGCCAAGAUUGAGAAGUCUGGGCUCAACGGUGCGGACCGGCAAACACUGGUGUCGGACGACAUUGAGUGGCCCAACGGAAUCACCCUGGACCUGCUGAGCCAGCGCUUAUACUGGGUAGACUCCAAGCUGCACCAGCUAUCCAGCAUUGACUUCAGCGGAGGCAACAGAAAGAUGCUGAUUUUCUCCCCUGACUUCCUGAGCCACCCUUUUGGGAUAGCUGUGUUUGAGGACAAGGUGUUCUGGACAGACCUGGAGAACGAGGCCAUUUUCAGUGCGAAUCGGCUCAGUGGCCUGGAAAUCUCCGUCCUGGCUGAGAACCUCAAUAACCCACAUGACAUUGUCAUCUUCCAUGAGCUGAAGCAGCCGAGAGCUGGAGAUGCCUGCGAGCUGAGUGCCCAGCCCAACGGCGGCUGUGAGUACCUGUGCCUUCCUGCUCCUCAGCUCUCCAGCCACUCUCCCAAGUACACGUGUGCCUGUCCUGACACCAUGUGGCUGGGCCCCGACAUGAAGAGGUGUUACCGGGCACCUCAAUCUACCUCAACUACGACGUUAGCCUCUACCACAGCGAGGACCGAAGCCGACUCGGCAAGAGCGCCUGGCACCGCCAUCCACAGCCCCCCCCACCAGAGCCACAGCACAGAGACGCCACGCCUGGCAGCCGCAGCCCCAAGCUCAGUCAGUGUCCCCAGGGCUUCCAGCAUCGGCCCGUCUACCCCAAGCCCUGCAACCAGCAACCACUCCCAGCACUACGGGAAUGAAGGCGGCAAGACGGGCUCAACGGUCACUGCUGCUGUCAUUGGGAUCAUCGUGCCCAUGGCGGUAAUAGCCCUCCUGUGCAUGAGCGGCUACCUGAUCUGGAGAAACUGGAAGCGGAAGAACACCAAAAGCAUGAAUUUUGACAACCCAGUGUACAGGAAAACAACAGAGGAGGAGGAUGAAGAUGAGCUCCACAUCGGGAGGACUGCUCAGAUUGGCCAUGUCUAUCCUGCAGCCAUCAGCAGCUUUGAUCGCCCACUGUGGGCAGAGCCCUGUCUUGGGGAGACCAGAGAACUGGAGGACCCAGCCCCUGCCCUCAAGGAGCUUUUGGUCUUGCCGGGAGAACCAAGGUCACAGCUGCACCAACUCCCGAAGAACCCUCUUUCCGAGCUGCCUGUCGUCAAGUGCAAGCGAGUGGCAUUAAGCCUUGAAGAUGAUGGACUGCCCUAAGGAUGGGACCACUCCCUUCAUGCCUCACGGAAUUCAGUUCCAUGCACUACACUCUCUGGACGGUGUAUGCCUGGAUGGAAGGAUUUCUGUAUGGGUCUGUGUGAGUGUGUGCGUGUCUGUGUGUGCGUGUGUAAUUUUAAUUUAUGUUGCAGAAAGGUAACCACAAAGUUAUGAUGAACUGCAAACAUCCAAAGGAUGUGAGAGUUUUUAUAUGUAUAAUGUUUUAUACACUUUUUAACUGGUUGCACUUACCCAUGAGGAAUUCAUGGAAUGGCUACUGCUGAGUGACUAACAUGAUGUAUAUAACCAAAUGGGGCCGAUGGUACAGUAGCUUACUCAUCAUUUAAAAACUAUAUUUACAGAGAGAGUAUUUGAUUUCGGGGGGCUUUUUUAGGUUUUGGAGUUUUGGGUUUUUUUGUAAAUAAAAUGAUUAUGCUUUGUGGCUAUCCAUCAACAUAAAAAAAAAAGAGAGAGAGAGAAGAAAAGGAAAAUAAACACCUCAACUCCCUCCCCAAUUUAGAUUAUUUAUUAACAAACUUCAUAAAUAAUAUUAGUUCUAUAAAUAAUUUAGAGACAUGAGAGUAUUUAUUUUUGGUAUGACUGGCCCACCACACAGACUCUGUGUGCGUUUGUGUUUGUCUGCAUGUGUGUGCAAGAGAAAACUCCAGAGAAGAGGCGCACCUAUGGCUGUUGUUCGAGUGCAUAAAGAUAAAUAUAUUUUAAGCCGGUCCACAAGAGGGUCUCUGGAGUUUUCAGAGAAUUGGCCUUUGGAUGCCAUGGUGUGUGCAAACAUGUAGCGGCAGAGGCAGAACCUCCCCACCCCUGGCUAUUCCUGGGACCCAACUCAGGAAAAGCCCCUCAGCUCACCCGUGGCUGCUGGGACUCCCACCGGGGCUUUCUCUGGUGUGGCCAAGGCCAGAAGUCCGCGUGAGCUCAGGUGAGAGCACGUCUGAACCUUGGCUACUCCUUGUUUUAAAGUUCAGCAUCUCGAGUAACUUCAUUUUCCUUCAGGACACAUGGGUUGAAUUCAUUGAGGUUGAAUUCCUUACGUAUAGAGAGCUAAGUGGAGAUGUUUCCAGAACAGGCCAAGUUUACUCUAGGGCCUGGCUUAGGCACAGAACCCCUGGGGUACACUAUGGAUGAGGAUAAAGAUGGUGGAAUAGGUUUUGUUACAUCUCCAUCUCUCCCUUCCUCUUGCUCUCCCAUUUCCUUUAGGUGGGGAAGAGUAAUACAUAGGUUUGUUGCCAUCACCUGUUUGCAUAGAUGAAACUAAUUUGGGGCUUAAGGCAGUAAAAGUGGCCAAACCUAAAGUCCUAUUUGAGGGGGAAAUGGCAUACGCAAUAUUAUAGUACACUGGAUGUAUGUUCACACAGAAAUUUGGUUUACUGCUUUGUAAA